GAACCGGACGGGACUGUUAGCCAAAGUGGAGGACCUAAAGAACCGGUGUAUGGAAGGGCUGGUGAAACGGGUGGUGGCAGUGGUGUUGUACUCCAUGAAAAGGCAACGAAAGACUAUGUGUCGCAAAAAGGCGUCCAAAAAGAUGGUUGAGAUGGUAGGCGCCGGCAAAUGCAUUAACGCCGUGCGUCCCGACGCCCAGAGGUGUGUCGAUGAGGCCAUGGAUCACAUCAUAGGCAUCAGGAAUAUAACCGACAAUAAAAUGAAAAUACCGUUUGUUUGCUGCACAUUUGUUAAACUGAAAGCGUGUCUACUGGACCAUGGUCAUAAAAACAAACAGUGCACUGAACAACACCUGAACCUAUUGCUCCGGCAGUCGGAACAGGUAUCUAACGGACCCAUGAAUAUGGCGUGCGGUGACUAUAAUGAGGAGAGCGACCGGUGCGACAAACUGGUCAUACCUAAGCGACAACAGGACGAGCCCCUACCCAAAAGCUUUUUAAUGCCCCUGGUCGAGCUGUUUGAUAGUUUCGAGGAGUAGCUUGAUAAUUAAUUAUUGAAUUUAUAAUUAAUAUUGAUUGUGUAAUGUUAAAG